CUCUUUGUCUCAUCAUUGGAGAACUUGAAUGGCAAUGUUUGCGAAAACUGCAAGACGAUUUUCACACAAAUCACGACAGCUUUAUAACUGCUGCGAAGAGAGACAAACAAAUUGUUCUCCAACUCAGAGGCUACAUGCACUGCUGAUUUCCACUGCCCAACCUGCCUGCCUGCCUAUCUGUUUUCGCGCAAUUCUGUUAAAAUGCUCACGGUUUAGGGUUUUACGUGAUUUGACAACGGUCAGGCUAAGCGGUGAUCACAGCCACAUGAGUUGAUUGGCAUUCUUUUGCAUUUUCGUUGGUUUCGAAGAAACGACUCUCGGCGAAACAAACGGAGCAGAUUAAAUGUAUCCCAGCAAGAGAAACCAUGGGUAAAAGCGAUCUUUCUGCAGUAAAGGAGACCAUGCCCUAGAGCUGUGUUGCAGAGCCUUCACUUACUCCAGAGCUUUCACCCAAAUUUCCAAUGGAGUCGCGUUCUGACCUAGUUAUCAUGGCCAAGAGUGGCGUUGCGUUAAAACUACUUUUGAUGAUAGAAGAGAGGAUUCUCACUCAUUACCUGAGACUCUUGAGUCAAACAACGAUCAUGAUCGCCGUUUUAAUCGUGGCUGCCGUCUUAAAGCUCCAUACCUCAUGUUGCUAGCGAGACAACUCAGUGACGUGGCUUUUGACAGCAUGGUUUUUUAUGUGUCUGAACUUCAAGUUUUGGGUUUUUUUAACGUUAGUUCGAAGAGUUCCGCCAAGAACAGUGACGGCCUAGAGCACAGAUGAUGCAGUUCGCUUUGCAAUUUGCCGUGCUUCCAGUGCGUUUGAUGAGGUGGUAACCAUGCAUCGACCAAGGCAUCAGAUUUUUACGACAACGAUCCGUUACAAACGAACCUUAAUGGUCGAUAACGCCUCUAGUUGCAAUUCUUGCAGAGCCAGCUGACCUACAACACUCGAACGACCACAAAAUGGACAAGCUAACACCACAGUUUCGCUCUGAACUGGACAUACCAGUCAUCUUCAGCGCCAUGGUUCCAUUUAGAAGGCUCAUAAUGUUGACAAUCAACAUCUGUUGGCUGAAGUAGACAUUGUUGCCAGCGAAUAGUCCGCAUUGCUCUGGCUGCCAUGCACUUAUUUGAAACAAUGGCAAACCACUCAGAAAUUUUAGACUACGUAGAGUCUUCGCUCAAAAUUCAAAUUUUCGCUGGAGAUCCACUGUCACACAAUGUCUCCGCACCAGUGCAUGAUUGCGUAGCGGAAUUUUAAGGAUAAUUACAAAGCCGCUAGCAGAAUAGGGUGUUCUCGGAGAGGAAAUUUGCAGGAUACGGAUCGAGACGGGGUUGAAAGAAGAAGCUCUGUUCUGCGCACGGAGUGCAGUUCUUCGUUGAAAGAAAGGGAGGAUGUAUGCAAACAGCUUGGAUCCUCAUUGCUCAGAGUCCUGACUUCGUAACCUCAGCAGUUAUUCACAGGAUGUUGAACUCACCACGUAGAGGUCAGGCCAUGGGCAAGAACGUGACAAUGUGGAUCACAAAGCCAUCCAAUUUUGUGUUUGGGUCUUUGCUUAUCGUGGUCGUGGUCAUGGUUUACUGGGGAGGUUUCGUGGUGAACCGAGCUACUGCUAACUCAACACUUGCCUCGGCUUUUGGCUGGUCGCCAGCGACGCAACUGAAAGAAUUCCCUGCUUACUCAACAUCGUCGUUGGCGAAUUUGUCGACAGGAAAGCUGCCAGUCGAAUCGCCUCUGCGCAUACCCAUCAAAUCAUUGAUCGACGCUUUGAGAAAGGCCGUAACUACAGUGGAGAAGCUAACAGGAGUGAGUGCAGACAGAGAUAUUGACCUCAAUCUGUGGAGGUUACAGAAUCCUUGCAAAAGCAGGACAGAGCUAUCAUCUUUUUACAGCCGCAUAAGCUACAGCCCAAACAGGAAAACUCCAGGGAGGUCUGAAACCAAACAAUGGGGCACAGUACUCUUCGAAUACGCUAGGUUUCACAGAGUCUGCACCCGAGCAGCUGGAAAUCUGACCGAGUAUUUCUUCGAGCGAAACACCAGCACGGGUUGCAAGUUCAUGAUUGCUGACGCCAAGAACGGCAUGGGAAACAAGCUUUUCAUCAUGGCUCCAGCACUUGUGUACGCAGUCCUCACCCAGCGUGUGUUCCUUAUCAGUGAGUCCACUGGUGUGCCCGACCUAAUGUGUGAACCAUUUCCUGGAUCUUCAUGGAGACUCUCUGAGGACAUUGUGAGCUACAGUGUUCCAAUAUGGAAUGAAACUCGAGAAUUCAUGGGCGACGUGGAUAGAGCGAAACGGGAACACGAAAGCACUAUCCCGAUGUAUGCUUCCAGAAUUGAUGAUAACUGGCAACCCAACAGCAGAUUCUUCUGUGACGUAGAGCAAUCGUAUUUCAGACAAGUACCAUGGCUGACUAUUCACGGGUGUCUGUACUUCCUACCGAAACUAUUUGCAAUUCCAUCUAUUCGAAAAACAUUGGAGGCAUUGUUUCCCGAUCCGACACUGGCGCUCACGCAAAUCCUGCGUGCCAACUUCCUUCCCCGAGAUCAAACCUGGGCAAGGGUCAGUACUGUGAAGAAAUACUUCGACAGUGCACACACACAGACAGGCAUCCAAGCACGCUACUUCAACAACAGCGCAACCAAACACAAGAUACUCAACGCGAACGUAGAGAGCUGCCUCUUGGAGAACAACCUCCUCGAGCAAGCCAUACCCGCACAGGAAAAGGACCACGAGACCACCAUUUUCAUCGCCUCUUUGACACCCGACUUGCAGGAGCACCUCCGCGGUGUCUACAAUCGCAGCACUACAUCCCUACCCACGAGCCUCAACUUCGUGCAGCUAUCAAACGAAAUCGAGCAGCGCUUCGGAGCCGAGGCGUAUGACCAAGCUUUGGUCGAGGUGUUGAGAUUGAGCUUCUCGCACACGCUGCUCCUGAGUCCUCAGUCGACCUUCGGCGGACUCGCACAAGCUUACGGAGCACUGACGCCGUGGAUCGUGGAGUCCAGGGACGAGGUGCUCACGCCGUGCGAGAGGGCGCAGUCGGUGGACAAUUGCUACCAGAUCCCAGAGCUUGAAUACAAGUGCCGUUACGACGGCGCGGACUCUAAGCUCGGCAGAGCAAUUGCGGGGGCAGUGAACUACAUCAAGCCUUGCUUGGCCAUCGACACCCACCAUCGCUCCGGCCUCCAGCUCGUCGCAAUCCCCUAAGUCACAACAUCGACGGUACAGUUCCCUGUCUGUAUUAAAACGUGUAGUUUUAGUAUGUGCUUUUUAUUCACAUUCCCUGUUUAUGAUCUUGGACAUGUAUUGCUACAAAUGACCUUGCAAAAGUUCUUACAUUGCGGAGUUAUAUUACUAGCAUCCAACCAAAAUGGGGUCUUUUCUUAAACCUAGAACAUAAGUCGUGUAGGACACAACAAAUGUUUGGCCAAAAGCGGAGUUUGUUUAUUUAUUUAUUUAGGGGAAUGAUAAAGUGACCCACGCAUUUACUAAACGACCCACCUAUUGUAACCAUCAUAAAAAAAUGAAGCAUCUCCAAAAACCAUCAUUGGAAUCUAACCCUCAUCCCGACCCUCUUCGUUCCCAGCCCCCGUUCCCUGAGUUCCCAGCCUUCAUCUCCAUGUUCCCAACCUUCGC